AUGAUAGAGGCCAAAGAACCUGCCACAGAGACUGUACAUGUGAUUCCUGCACUAGAAGAAGUCCCAGACGGAGGAAGAGAAGCUUGGAUGGUGGUAAUAGGGGCAUUUUUCUUAGCACUUUGUACAUUUGGGUAUUUCACUUCAUGGGGAGCUUAUCAAGCUUAUUAUGAGUCUGUCCUCUUACCACACAACACACCUUCACAAAUUGCUUGGAUAGGAUCCCUUCAGUACUCGCUAAUUUUCCUUCCGGGAAUUCCUGCUGGUCGCCUUUUCGAUCUCGGAUACUUCAAGCAGACAUUAGUCUGUGCCUUAGUGCUAAUGAUUAUUGCUAAUUUCCUGAUCGCGGAAUGUACGAAGUAUUGGCAGCUGAUCCUUUGCCAGGGGCUGCUGCUCGGUGUGUCAGCUGGAUUCAUAUUUAUACAGUGCAUCACUGUCACGUCUCAUUGGUUCAAACGCCGCAAGCCUCUUGCAUUCGCAGUAAUAUCUUUCGGCGGCUCCUUAGGAGGUAUCAUAUAUCCUAUUAUGAUACGCAAUAUGCUCCUUGAAGUGGGAUUCAAGUGGACUGUGCGCACAAUAGGAUUUAUAACUGUUGCUGCCUCAGUUUUUGCAAUUUUUACAAUGCACAGUCGUAUCCCUUGUGCAACCGCCCUCCCAAACUUGUUGGACUUCCAUUCCCUUUCUUCUCCAGGUUACGGGCUUUAUGUUUUCUCCACAUUACUUGCCUUCUUGGGACUAUAUACUCCACUCACGUUUCUCACUGUCAGUGCGGAAGCUAUUGGAAUGGAUGCAAAUCUUGCUUUUUAUACUGUCGCUUUUGCCAACGCCGCCUCUGCUGUUGGCCGUUUGAUAAGUGGAGCACUUGCAGUACAUUAUGGAUCAAUGAACAUAAUGAUCAUAUGUACAGCACUAGCUGCUGUUUUCACAUACAUCUGGCCGUUCGUAACUACUGAGGGUGCUUUCAUUACUGUAGCAGUUCUCUAUGGAGUCACUUCAGGAGUGUUUGUUUGUCUCGUUGCUGCCCCUGCAGCACAUUUUGGCGCAAUUCAUGAUGUUGGUCGUCGAACUGGCUUGCAAAUGACUAUUAUGGCCAUAGGUGCUUUAGUAGGACCACCCAUUUCUGGGGCUAUUGAAGAACACUACAGUACCUUUCAUCCAGUUGGUAUAUUUGCAGGUACACAUUCAUUAAUUUAUACAUGCUCUAAAGACAAUAUUUAA